AAUGAGGAAAGGCUAUUUCCCCCAUCUUUUCAACACCAAGGUCAACCAGGGUUACCAAGGUCCGAUACCUCCUAAGAAAUAUUUCGACCCUGAAGGCAUGAAAGAAGAUGGCGCUAGGAAGAAAUUUGAGGAAUGGUACAUCAAACAGGCCAACGUCCAUUAUAACCUGGAAGAGGAAAUGCUAGCCUACUGUCACAGUGACGUGGAUAUUUUGAUGAGAGGAUGCAUGUCCUUUCGUGAUUCCUUCAUUGAAGCGUCGGGGAUCGACCCUUUCAAAGAUGACGUCACGAUCGCCUCUGUCUGCAGCCGCGUCUACCGGACCAAUUUUCUGCCCGAGGAAACCAUCGCGUUGAUUCCACCCCAAGGCUACACCCCCAAACACAACCAUUCCCUCAAAGCCAUGUGUUGGCUCAAAUGGCUCUCUUACACCAGAGGUGUUGACAUCCAGCACGCGCUGAACGGAGGAGAAGCGCGCAUAGGCAAUUAUCUGGCUGACGGGUUCGAUGGGACAAAGGUGUACGACUUUUACGGGUGUCUUUGGCACGGAUGCACAACCUGCUUCAAGAGGAGGGAUAUCCUGGUUCCUGGAACGGCCGACACGGUAGAAAGCGUGUACCAUAAAACGAUUGAGCGGGAAAGAGCCAUCCGAAACAAGGGGUACACCGUGGAAGUUAUCUGGGAGCACGAUUUCCAACGCCAACUCAAAGAGAAUGCAGACUUUUUUCAAUUCUUCAAGGUCUUCAAAGAGACCAUCAGAACCCCUCUCGAUCCACGCGAUGCCUUCUAUGGAGGGAGGACGGGGGCUUCCCGCCUGUACUACAAAUCCAGCAAAUUGGAAAAAAUUGGCUAUGUUGACGUCUGCAGUCUCUAUCCAUGGGUGAACAAGGUCGGCAAAUAUCCCGUUGGACACCCGCAGAUCAUCACCGAAAAUUUUUCCAACAUCGAAGAGUAUGAAGGUUUGAUCAAAUGCCAACUGUUCCCUCCGAGGAAACUGUAUCAUCCCGUCAUACCUUACCGCCCGCCAGGUACGUCCUCAAAAUUGAUGUUCGCUUUAUGCAGAACAUGCGCGAUCGAAAAACAACAGACACCGUGCACCCACACCGAGAAAGAGAGGAUGAUGGAAGGGACGUGGGUGACCGACGAAGUCAAACUUGCCUUGAGCAAAGGCUACACCAUGGGCAAGAUUUUCGAAGUGUGGCAUUUUUCGGAAACGACGCAAUACGAUCCAGAGUCCAAGACGGGGGGUUUGUUCUCUGGAUACAUCAACACAUUCUUGAAGGUGAAACAAGAAGCAAGCGGAUGGCCGGCAGAAUGCCGCUUUCCGGGGGAUGAAGAAGGCCUUCCCGUGCCAGAGAAUAUUCGCGAUCGCCGGGAACGCUAUUUGAGAGAAUACUUGGAGAAGGAAGGAGUGAAACUGGAUCCAGAGAACAUCAAACAUAACCCGGGUCUCCGAGCAGUAGCUAAGUCGGCCCUCAAUUGUAUGUGGGGAAAGAUGGGACAGCGAGGAAAUCUUGCCAAAGCCGAAUACUUCACCGACCCUGGGGCUUUCUAUCAACGGCUCACUGACGAAACUCGAGAAGUCUUACGAGUCGAUUUCCCCACGGAUCAAGUUGCCAAGGUGGUCAGUGUCCCGGAAGAGGAUUUUGAAACCAGCCUCGGAAACACGAACGUGGUGGUUGCGGCCUACACCACGGCACAGGCCAGGCUUAAGUUGUACAGCUACCUGGACAUUUUGCAAGACCGCGUGCUGUACUACGACACCGACUCGGUCAUCUUCGUCGACAGAGAGGGCGCCCCAAAGGUUGAAACAGGAAAUUUCUUGGGGGAUAUGACGGAUGAGCUGGAGUGCUAUGGAGAAGGAAGUUUCAUCGAAGAAUUUUGCUCGGGCGGCAGUAAAAAUUACGCCUACAGAGUGUAUGAGGGGGAGAGCGGAAACUAUUCUACCGUAUGCAAGGUCCGUGGCAUUACCUUAAAUUUGAGAAACAAGCGAGUGGUCAAUUUUGAAAGUCUCAAAUCCAUGGUGUGCGAUGGAAAAGCGGCCAAUGUCAUCACCGAUCCCAGACGCAUCGCUCGUACACGGAAUGGGCAGUUGGUCACAAGAACGGAACAGAAGGCUCACCGCGUGGUGUUCGAUAAACGCGUCAAGAUGGCCGAUUAUAACACGCUACCGUAUGGCUACUAAAUGAACAUUGGGAAGUGCCCGCGUUACAUCGUGAACGAAUUAAAACCCGAUCCUCAACAGGUAUAUAUGACAUUGUUUUUACCACGAGGGUUAGUAUUAACCAUGGACCUGCGAAUUAAGACACCGUUUAGGAUGAUACUGGCAGGACCAUCCAUGUCCGGCAAAACGACCUUGAUAAGGAAAUUGUUGAAAAACGGAGAGACGUUGUUUGACCGACAAUUCGUCAAAAUACUCUGGUGUUACGGGCAAUACCAACGGGAGACUUUUUCACAGAUUCAAACGGAAAUUCCCAAUGUAGAAUUUCACGAAGGAUUGCCCGACGACCUUCCUACGCAGUUCAACACCGCCCAUCCAAAUCUGCUGGUGCUCGACGAUCUUAUGUCCGACGCCUCCAAAGAUGCCCGAGUUACCAAGCUCUUUGCCAUUCAUUCCCACCACCUGAAUACAUCCGUGGUUCUCUUGACCCAAAAUAUUUUUCACCGAGGAUCUCAGAGCCGCAGUAUAAGUUUGAAUGCUGACAUUCUCGUACUCACCAAAAAUACGAGGGAUCGGUCUCAAAUUCAAUACUUGGCCCGCCAGCUGGCCCCCGACCGGCCCAAAUUCAUACAGGAAAGUUAUCAAGAUGCCACAUCUACCCCUUUCGGUUACCUGUUCAUAGAUUUGAAACCCGAAACGCCGGAGCAGGUGCGAGUGAGAACUGGCAUCUUUCCUGGGGAUGUGCACGUUGCGUACUUGAGGAAAUAAAUAUAAGAGGUGUGAACAGGAUUCAAGGCUUUAGUUUUAAAUUCGAGGGUGAUGAGACAACACCCCAAUGGCAAACAGAUUAGAGAGAAACACCCCCUUCUUGGAAGUGCUGGCUCGUGGAACCCCGAAACAGAAGAAUGCUAUACUCGAAGGAGCUUCGGACGACCUUUGCAAGUGUCUCUCCGAAAUAUGCCACAACGUUUUACGAGGCUGCCUUAACCUCUCCAACCGGGAAACCAAACAACUAAAAAGACACAGAGCACGAAUCAGAGAACUGGGAGAUCGCAGCGUGUCAUUCGCCAAGAAGAAAAAAAUUGUCCACCAAAGAGGGGGUUUUCUCUCUCUGCUGGCUGGGCCGAUUUUAGGCCUUCUCGGCAAUUUGGUCGUCGGAGGAAUAAAAAAGGCCGUGGACAGAAGAAGGCGACGGCGUGCAGCUGCACGGAAUAAGAAAGCCGUGACCAACACGAAGAAGAUCAGUCGGGUCGUGAGGCAUCGCCGAUAGAGUCAUGGAUAACGCCAAGAAAAUGGUUCUCGUGCCUCAGGAAAUGGCCCAGCAAUUUUCUCACUCUCCACAUUCCACCCAGCAACCCGCUUACCAAGGUUUGGACAACUUGGAUACGCAGAUGCAAACUAUUUUGAGACGCAAUGACAUCCCCCUCGAUCAAAAGGUCAAACUUUAUCAGCAGGCUCUUCUCGGAUACAUAACCCUGCACCAAAAACUGAACCAGCCGGUGGCCGUCACCGUGCAAGAAGCGGAGACGCCCGAUCCCGACCCUCAGAUCUCGUGGGGGGAGGCAGUGAUAGACGGACUGACCAAGUCCCUCAAAGGAAAAGGAAAACGCCUCGUACAACUCAUUCAGAACGAAGGAGGAUCCACGCUGGCUUUUAGUCGGAGAGGGGAAAUGAUGAAUAACGGAACGACGGUGUCUGGCACUCACGCCUUGGACCUCAUCAAGGACAUCCUUUCCAGAUCGAGACCCGGGAAGAUUCGUCCUCGAGGGUGGGGUGAAUUUGCUCUCGCCCUCUCUCGGCUAAACCCUCCCAGGGAUUUGGUCGCCGACGGGGUCAGUUGGGAGACGAUGCAUCCUGAAAGCGUGGAUGAGAGCACGCUAGCCACCUCAACACCCGUCAGAUCAUCCAAAAGAAAGCAUAAAAGAGUCAAGGCAUCCUGGGACUGGGUCAGUCAUUAUCCAGAUUAGUGAACGGGGUGGAGCCGUUAAAAAGAAUGGACUGGCUAAAACUUCCCACAUUUCAUCUUCAGUUUCGAAAGUUAAGGUGCGUCUUGGCAUGCUGUAGAGGUAGCAUCUAUAUCAGGGGUGCGGAUGAUGUCGACGGAAAAGGAGCUGGAAAACAUUUAUCGCAACGCCGAUCAUCCUGGAAGUUUUGGUGGAGCCGAAAACCUGUAUCAAGCUGCGAAAAAGGAGGGACUGAAGGUCAGCAGAAGAAAGGUCAAGGAAUUCCUUCAGAGUCUUCCGACCUACACCAAACACAAGCCACUUCGGAGGAGAUAUCCCCGCAAUAGGGUCUACUCUCAUGGAAUCGAUUUCCUCUGGCAGAUCGACCUCGUGGAUGUUUCUCGAUUUUCCAGAGUUAACAGGGGUCACAAAUUCAUUCUGACCGUGAUCGACGUGUUUAGCAAGUAUGGCUGGGCAGUGCCGUUAAAGAAUAAAACGGGGGUUUCCCUGGUGAAGGCCUUUAAGCAUAUUUUGAAAGGAGGACGUUUCCCUUACAAGGUGCAGGCUGAUCAGGGGACGGAGUUCACCAACAAGAAUUUUCAAGCCUUGCUCAAAGAGAAUCACAUCAGCUUUUACAACACCAAUAACGAGACCCACGCAUCGGUGGUGGAACGUUUUAACCGGAGUCUCAAAACCCGCCUGUUUCGCUACUUCACGGACAGGAAUACCAGGAAAUACAUGGAUGUGUUGCCAGAGUUUUUGAGUUCUUAUAACGCGAGGACACACAGGAGCAUCGGUGUGGCCCCGCGAGAAGUGACGGACGAGAUAGAAUUGCAGGUGUGGAAUGAGAUGUAUGGUA